UCCCCCGACCACCCCGAUCCCGGAGGCCGCCCUGAAGAGGGGGCUUGGGGGGAGCCGCCCCCGGGCCCCGGCGACAUGAACUCUAACGUGGAGAACCUGCCCCCCCACAUCAUCCGCCUAGUCUACAAGGAGGUCACGACGCUCACCUCGGACCCUCCCGAUGGCAUCAAGGUCUUCCCCAACGAAGAGGAUCUCACGGACCUGCAGGUCACCAUCGAAGGCCCAGAGGGAACCCCCUACGCGGGAGGCUUGUUCCGAAUGAAGCUCCUCCUGGGCAAGGACUUUCCAGCGGCGCCCCCGAAGGGCUUCUUUCUCACCAAAAUCUUCCACCCCAAUGUCGGGGCCAACGGGGAGAUCUGUGUCAAUGUGCUCAAAAGAGACUGGACUGCUGAACUGGGCAUCCGCCAUGUGCUGCUGACUAUCAAGUGCCUUCUGAUCCACCCGAACCCCGAGUCGGCGCUGAACGAGGAGGCCGGCCGCUUGCUUCUGGAGGAUUAUGAGGAAUACGCAGCUCGUGCCCGGCUGCUGACAGAGAUCCAUGGCGGGGCCGGGGCCCCAGGGGCCAUGCGGGCGGCCAGGGGGGGUGCCGGGGGUGCCGAGGCCGGCCCGGCAGAGGCAGGUGCUUCCUCGUCCUCCCCGCCCGGCCCGGGGGCCGAGGGGCCCAUGGCCAAGAAGCAUGCUGGGGAGCGGGACAAGAAGCAAGCUGCCAAGAAGAAGACGGACAAGAAGCGGGCUCUGCGGAGGCUGUAGGAAGGGCCCCCCCACCCUGGGAGGGCUUGGGGAGGAGGGGGCAGCUUUUGUAUCUCACUAAGUUAUUUAAAUUAUGGUGGGGGGCUGGGCAGGGGGCGGGGGGCAGGAUUUUUUUUUCUAAAAUAAAGUUGGAA